AUCACCCACGCCCUCAAACACACGCUGCUUCCCGCAGAGCUGUCACGGAAAGCCCCGCUCCACGCCGCUCCAUCUCUGCGCGCCCAGCGCUGUGCGCACUCGUCUGAUCCGGGAUCCGGAGUCUUUAAAUCCUGCGGGACCGACCGGAGAGAAGGGAUAUAAGUGGGGAAACAAGAGAGAAACAUGGCUUCUAACGCUACGCAGUGCCCUUUUCCGACCGAGCAACAACUCAAAGUGCUGGAGGAAAAUUUCAACAAAGUCACAAAGCAUCCCGAGGGGACGACCCUCAUGCUGAUCGCAGCGGAGUGCGGACUGUCAGAGGAGGCCACACAGAAAUGGUUCAAGCAGCGUAACGCAAAGUGGAGGAAGGCGGAGGGUCUGCCGGCCGAACUGGGAUCGGUGUUGGACUGAGAUUUUCCCCCUCCUUCUUCGGAUGCACAAAGCUCUUUGGGUGACCUCGUUCCUCCUCAACGGACUGACCUGCCUUUUUCUUCGCCUCGCCAAACAACCCCGUGCCUCCUUUUGUGUCCAAGCUCUGUCGUCUUGCAGGAUGUGAAGUUGUUUUCAUGCCAUUGUUGCCUUGUUUGCAUGAAUAAACAUAAUGUUAUUGUAAGUGGCA